GGACAUCAAGAAUGCCAAAAAGAAUGCCAGAAAGGAGUCGCAGCCCACAAAGCUUCAAGGGCGGAAAGACUUGCAGGGCGGUGGUCAGCCUCAUGCAGAAUCUGCUUGGCAUUGUGUUGUCUCCCCCGUGAAUCCACAAGUGCGCGUGGCUUUGGAAGCCCUUAUCUCUCAACAGGCUUGGUCUCUUCCUGGACAGCAGUUUGCUUACUUGUAUUCGCUUGGCCGUGCUAUCCAGAACAGAACAGUGCCUGCGAGACACCAUUUUGAUGCUUUAGUAACGCGAGAUGCUGCUCGUGAAGGACCGCUCUCGCCGCUGGGUUUUGCCCAACGUGCAUUUUUCUGUGACAAGAGCAGCAAGUUGUCAGAGGUCAUUGCUUCACCGUUGGGCUUUGGGGCGGUCUACCAGGACAUGGCCCUUCUCGUGGCGUUGGAGCUCAGGCAUGCUGAGCGCUUGUGCUGGCCCGAAGCAGCCACUAUGACAGGGCGGACCAUUGUGACCGAGAUUGCUCUUGGUCGCUGCCAUACAGCGCGAUCCUCGCUCCAAGGACUUGCAGGCGCUGUUCCUUUGGCGCGCUUACAAGCAGAAUAUCAGCAAGGUGCUGAUUCUGUGUAUUUCCCACACUUGGGAAUUAUUGCCAUUCUCAGUCCUUCGAGGGCUCUUCCUGUUUUGCUUGCUGAGUACUCUCGCAAAUUUGUUGGUGUGCCAACGCUGACAGCAACAAAGUGA